UUCCACUUCUACUACCACACUACGGUAUAAAACCGACCAUACAACAACAAAAUCUUGACCAGUUACGGUAGUACCGGCGCGCCAAAAUGAUUCUCGCUACAAUAAUCGUACUUUUUUGUUUCACCGCCAACACUGCUCACGCCAAAUUCAAAGUCAUCCGCGAGUGGAACUAUGUAAAUUUCACUUGGCAAAAUCCAGAAGUUUACCGUGACAAUCUGGAACAACAAACAUACAUCCCUGAAAACAAUAUUAUAGCCGGUUUGAAGUAUUUCCAAGGGUACUACUACAUUACCGUGCCUAGAAUGAAACCGGGAGUACCGGCAACUCUUACCAGAAUCCUUGCCGAGCAGGACAAAGACACUAGUCCACUCCUGGAACCUUUUCCAAGUUGGGAAAUGAACACUUUAAACGAUUGUGACUCGUUGCAAAAUGUCCAAAACGUGGAAAUCGAUCCGGGUAAUGGUUGGAUGUGGAUUAUAGAUGGAGGCAGAACUCAGACUCUGAGCAAAUCGCCUGAGGUUAAAUGCAAACCCAAGCUAAUGGUGUUUGAUGUUUUAAAAAUGGAGCAAGUAUUGAAAUAUGAGUUUCCCGAAGAGGUUGCAAUGUUUAAUGGGAGCUUUUUGUAUGAUAUUGUUUUGGAUAAUACCGAGCAAGGAUAUGCUUAUAUUACGGAUAAUAGCGGCAAAGAUCCUGGUAUCAUCGUUUACUCAAUCAAAGACCAAAAAUCCUGGAAAAUCCGGCACAGUCAAUCGAUGCGAGCCGAUCCAACCGCAUCAACUUUCCGAGUAAAUGACAUCUCCAUCAGUGCCUCCUUGAAUUUGGCUAGCAUCGCCCUGGGCCCUAGAAUUCGCACCAGUUCAGACAACAAACUAAUCCUCAUGGAAGAACGCGAAGUUUACUACUCACCUUUGUCCUCACUGCACCUAUACAGCAUCAAUUCUAGUGUUUUGAGGAACCCGGAGUUUGCUUCACAGAAUGGUGAGUAUCAAGGUACUGUCAGGGAUUAUGGGAUGAAGGGUUCUCAAAGUGUUGGAAUGGUAAUGGAUUCUGCAGGAGUACUUUACUAUAGUUUAUUGGCUCUUAAUAGUAUUGCCAGGUGGGAUUCUACUACACCUUUUCAAACUGGACAAAAGAUUAUUGCCAAAGAUGAACGAUACUUAGAAUGGGUAAAUUCUUUUGCCUUUGACGAAAGCGGCAACCUAACAAUCCUGGUUAAUAGACUAGAUAAAUUCAUCUAUGGACAACUUAACAUCAGCGAAUCCAACUUUAGGCUCAUAGUUUCAAAUGUUGGUGCAAAAAGCUAUUUGCAUGAUGAGUCUUAUAAUUAUGACAGCUCUACUACAACUGAAAAGAAGCUGGAGCCUGAACCUACUCCUGAACCUGAACCAUCAACAACUAAAGUGGCUCCAGUUUCUGAAGUCAAGCAAUCGUCAUCCGCUUCAGAAAAAAGCGCAAUAAUGUCACUAUUAUUAACAUCUGUUGUAAUGAUGUAUUCUAUAAGAUAAUUUUUGUUAUAGAGAGUAAUGAAAAUGUAAAUAUUCCUAGUCAAAAAGAGUUUAUAUAUUAUUUCCAAUGUUAAUUGAACGUUUUGUAUGCCUAACACAGCGUAGUUCAUCAUCAUCUUUCCGCCAUAACAAAAAUUGGAAAAAUAAACAUGACAUGCGGUGGUAAUCACGAUAACCUUGGCCAUUUACAUAAUUAUUUAAGGAAAAAUAAAUAUACAUACCUGUCCAUUUGUUAAAUGGUUAAAUAAAUAACUGGUUUUUGUUGCGAAA